UAGGCGGCUGACGAUUUAAUGGAACGUAGUGGGAAGCCACCACCUUGGAUUUGAUUAGAUUCUCUCCUUCCUCUCUCUUUCCCUCUCUCUCUUUUUCUCCCCCCUUUCCCUCUCUCCCUCCCUUGCUUUUCUCUCUCUAUCUUCAACCACCUCCUCCUCAAUUUCCUGCAACUUUCACACCUUUGAGCAAGCCAGAGCUCCUUCAAACUCUCUCCCAGCAGGAUAUUGAAAUUGGUAGUGUGAUAGCUAGAAGAAGUGGAGAAAGCGCACGGUCGUAUUAGCUAACUAAAUUUGGUUUUUAGAAAAAUAGUGUAGCUGCAUAAUUAUCAUAGUGGAGGUCUUGAAAGUGACUUCAGAACGAAUUCAGGGUCCUGCUAAUUGCUAUUGACUUUGAUUUAUAGACGAGAAGGGGUAAUAUAAGAUUGCAAAAUCUUGGAAUCAUGCCGGUUUCGGGAAAUGAAGAGACUGGGGUUAAACCCGUCACCCGGAAAUCUAGUGAUUAUAGUGCAGGUGUUCCUAUCAAGAAAAGGAGGUUUUUCAUGAGGCCUCCUUCACCUCCUCCUGAAGAACCAAUUUUGUUUCCGAAAGAAGAACUAUCUUCUUUUCCAGCAAAAAUUGAUUCAGUACAGGAGGAAUCUUGGGGGUCGACUCCUUCAUAUGUUAGUAUCACCAGUUCUGGACUUUCUGAUGCAAACAAGAUUCCUGAAUCCGAUUAUGGAAAAGGAAACUCUGACGUUGCAAAUGUUAGUGUGGCCCGAGGAAAUGAUAAUAUCUUUAGAGUCAAACUUGAAGAACCUAGCCUCAGGAUUCACUCGAGUUCUUUGGAUGACAUGCAGAGGAAAGGGAAGCUUGUCUUGUCUGAUAAUCCUACACCUGAGUUGACUUUAAGGAAAAGUGAAUUGACUUUAGCAUCAAAUGAAGCUCUUGCAUCUAAUGUAGGUAAGGAGACUUUGCAGAGCCGAAGUAAAGUAGAAGUGAAGUGCAAAGAAGAAGUGCCUGCUGUUGCUGAGAGUACUGAAUUAUCAUUAGGUUUAAGGGAACAUCUUGCUCCAGCAUUGACAGGACAGGUUAUUGGUGAUGGCAGGAGUUACCGGAAUCUGGGUAACUUGGAGCCUAUGUCACUGGAUUUGUCAUUAAGUAAAGAAAAAACCAGCAGCCAAUGCGAAAGUAGUGCUAAAGGUUUGAAUUCCCUUGGUGCUGAUAUGAGUGCAUGUCGAGCAAACUGGGAUUUGAAUACACCAAUGGAUGCAUGGACAGAUACUGUUAGCGAUUCUUCCGUAUCCUUUUAUGGGAGUAAUGCAACUGGUGGGGUGAAUUGCACAACUGGGUUAGUUGGAGCUGGUGUUAACAAAGAAGAACUGUCCAUUGUUCAGACUCAGAACAGAGGUAAUGAGCCCGUCUCAUCCACACUUGCUAACCAGUACUCCAGUGACUCCCUUCUUUUGCGCCUUAGUUCAUCUUGCUUGCAGUUAAACCAGUGCCAAAACCCUUCUAGUUCGUCCAGUAAACUGGAUUUACAUAGGGUGAUAUCUGCUACAAACGUACCUAGAUUGUUUGGGCCAAUUAGAAAUUUGAACUUGGGUAAUCAUAAAACUGUGAAAUCAGAACCAUUUGAUGAGGGUGUCAAACUGGAUGUUAACGUAUCUAAACCCAGUAACACAGGAUUAGUAGAUAGUAGUAGAGCAGUGAAGUGUGGAGUUGUUGAGCAGGGGAAUCUUGGAGCUGUUAAGUCUUCAAAUACGAGCACCCAACAUUCAGUCGAUGCUAGACCCAUAAAAUCUGAACCAACUCAUGUGGAUACUCAAGAAACCAUCAAGUCAAUUGAAGGCACCUCAGUUCAACUGGAUAAACAUUUGAUACAAGGUCUGGAUAAUCGUUCUUGUGACAUGACAUUGCCUAUGACUUCAGAGGUGUCUUGCCGUGUUGGAAAUCCUUGUUCAACAGAGUUGACUAUGAGCAGGGAUGUGAUAAAGCAUUCUGGAAACGUUAUUGCAUAUGCGCCUAUGGAAGCUUGUCAAAGCAAAGAUCAGGUUGCUGUAUCUCAGGGUCCUGAUACUAAGGGAAACAAUACGAGAACAGAAGAUGGUAAUGUUGACAGCGAGAGUUGUAAAUUGAAGUUUAUGAAUGAUCAGUCACUUGAUUCACGGGGAAGUGGUGAGGGUUCUGCCAGUGAUGAGGAAAAGAUUAAUAUAUCUGCAGAUAUGCUGGAAGAUUCUUAUGGUUCUGAUUGUGAAUCAGAUGGUGCUCAUGCUUUAGAUACAACCAUGGAUACUGAACAAGAUGGUAAACGUGAUGAUUAUGAAGAUGGUGAGGUCCAAGAGUCAGUUGAGCUUACUGCGGUAGAGGAACCUAUUUGUAAGGCAAGAGAAGUGGAACAUGACGAUAAUGAUGAUUUUGAUAAUAAAAGGACAGAGCUUGUGGCACCUAUUAACAAUGUUCAGCCUACAUCAUUCUAUAAUGAGGCAAAAGACAACAAAGACAAUCUUGCUGAAACAAGUAACAAUAAUUAUAAAGAAUCUUUCCAGGUAGUUCGUAAUGAUAAAUCCGAUACGGGCUCUGAUGAAGAUAUGAGUUUGCAUGAAGAACCAUUAGCUGUUGAAAAUCUAACAAGCGGAGCUGGUGUGGAAGGGUCAACAGAACCUGAUGAUCAAGCAGUGAAGAUGGAUGCCCAGAAAUGUCAGGAUGCAGAGUUCUCCGAGCAAGUCAAUAGUGGAAAUCAAGGAACCGAAGUGGAAAGUGGUCAGGGUAUAGAGCUGAAUGUAAAUAACACUGACCUGGCACCAAUGGGUGACUCAAAUUUGCCCAAAACAUCCAGUAGUGGUGAUAAUGCUGCCAAGGAUACCAGUUAUGGAGGACAACGGAGCAGGAUAAUAACUUUGCCACGAUCUUCAACUGUUUCUCCGAGUAAAUCAAUAUCUAUUUCGGGACAGCCUUUGCCGUCAAGGGUUGGAAGAGAAAUAUUAACUGAUGUAGAAAUGGAGGAAGAUAACAUACAUUCUCGAGGGAGAGGUGAACCGUAUGUUCACAGAAACCUGGGAUUUUCAAGGGAGCGAUACCAAGAUCAAUCACUGAGAUAUCCUAGAUUAGGUUCUGGACGUGGUAGAGGGAGGAUGCAUAGUCGUGGCGAUUGGGUUUCUGAUCGUAACUAUGCUUCGGAGCUUUAUAAUAAUCAAACAAACUAUCGUGUCCCCAGACAUAAAUAUGCACCUGAUGUUUCUGAUGCUGACCUUGAAUAUAACACUUACAAUAUGCCUCCAGAUAGUGCAUUUUAUGGUGCAGGUCGUGGAGGAAGGAAGCUUUCAAAUGAUGGACCACUUAACUACCGUAUACCCUCAAGGAGGCGGUCUCCUGUUGGAGCGCACACCAUUUACAUGCCUCGCCGAAAUCCAAGAAAUGUUAGCCCAACCAGAUUCAACGGUGAAGAUGCUCCAAAUUUGGUUGGAAUGAGGCAUAAUGAGAAGUUUAUGCGGGGUUUCCCUGAUGAUAGUGCAGACCCCAUGUUCACUCGUAGCCAACCUUCAUAUGAGGGAGUGCAUGGUCAAUUUGGACGAGGCAAUCGGAACUUUUCUUUUGCACAGAGGAGAGGGAUUCCCAGAGUUCGCUCAAAAUCGCCAAUAAGGUCCAGGACUCGCUCUCCUGGGCCAUGGUCUUCUCCUAGAAGAAGAUCCCCAGAUGGAUUUGGUGGGCCUAGAGAACUGACUCAUCGAAGGUCUCCACCAGUUUACAGGAUGGAGAGGUUUAGAUCCCCUGAUGACCCAUGUUUUCCUGGAGAGAUGGUGGUUAGAAGGAAUCCGUCAAAUGAUUUGAGGAAUAUGGAUCCUGGAAGAGACCACGGCCCUCCAAGGUCUGUUAUUCCCAAUGGGAGUCCUUCUAGCCGGAGUUCAGUCAGAAACAGGAGAUAUGAUGUCAUGGAUCCUCGAGAGAGGCCAAAUAAUGGCGAUUACUUUGGGGGCCCCAUGCAUUCUAGCCGUUUGCAUGAGUUUGGUGGUGAUGGAAGUGGUGAUGAUAGAAGAAGAUUUGCUGAGAGACGUGGACCCAUCCGUUCAUUUAGACCUUAUAAUGGUGUUGGUGGUGAGACAUUUCAUCUUAACGGAGAGGAUGGCCCUAGGCCUUUGAGGUUCUGCCCGGAUGAUAAUACCGAGUUUCAAGAAAGAGGCAAUUUGAGGGAAAGGGACUUUGAUAGAAGGAUUAAGAAUCGGCCAGGAAAUGCUCCUAGAAGAAUGAGAGGGAUCGAAGACCAAGAAGCUAAUUGCAGACAUGGUGAACAGCCUUGGCAUGAUGAUGUGUUUGAUGAUACGUCACAAGUGAAGAGAAAAAGAUUUUGAGUUUGCUUCUGCCAUGACCUUGAAUUCGAGAUUGGUUGUUCAUGUCUGGCACACAGAAUAGUCACUUUUCAGGGACAUUCUAUUGACUCAAAGCAUCAAAACAAGGUGCCAAUCUGUUUGCAUAUGAUGUUCUGUGGUUUCAGGACUGGAUGCAAAUACAACCUUGCUUAAUUGUCUCCCAUGUAAAUAGUUUGCAUCUGGUACUAUGGUGGUUACUGGUUAGUUCUUCUCGAUGCUCAUAUUACAGUAAUUAUGGGUUUUACAUGUAGUGCCUAAAUUUCAUUAGCAAUAUUUAUACUUGCCAUA